AUGGAAUCAGUGUCACAAUUCCGAUUUAGGCUUUCCUGUCCUCUCGCAGUCAAUAUUUUCAACCCUUAUCGAGGAUUCGAAGCACUUUAUUCGUCAGAAUUCAAAGCAGCUUUGACGUUACGCAGAGUACACAUGGAGUUCAAAAGUGUCAACACACUCGGGUCACCGUUCGAGCUAGUCCAUAAACGACAAGACGACGACGAGCUGUAA